CGUACGAGUGAGCAGGAUGGCAGAAUUCCACUGACGUAGCGCAACCCUACAAGGUACGACUACGCAAGCGUUCGCAAAACGUAAACAAACAACCGUGCCGACCGAGAAGGUAGAAGGACGUACGCGUACACCGGCAGCGCGGCACGGUGCCAACCAGCAGGCGCGUCAUAAAUCGUUUCUCAUCAACACGGAAUCGCAUUAUCCUUCGGAAAAGUUUCGUUUUCGUGCCCCAGUCCAGGGGGGGGGGGUGGAGUUAUUUAUUUUCCUAUUGAUUCCAACACCGCCGAAGUUGCGCUUAUGUAACGGACUUAGUUCGCUGCGGAUAAAUAGUACCACCGCGAAGUAUCCCGAUGGCGGGCCCGGUACGACAAACCGCGUGCAGAUUGCUAUCGGCCGUCGCUGGCAGCGGUAGUAGCGGUGCUGUGUCGGACGAUUGUGUCGGAGCGAUGGCACGGAUCAUACCGGGAAUAUUCAAGCACACGCGCUGCCGGAACAGCGUCUACCCGCACAGUGACGUCCGGCGGUACCCGGUGCCGGACGAGUCCGUCUUCUGGACGCAAACGUACGCCGACUAUCAGCCACCGGUGCACGAAUCGCCCGUACUCCAAGGGAAAGAGUGGGCCGAUCCGGAUAUUGAUAAUCCUUCAUUCAAACCGAACUGGAACGAACUGGACGGGAAGGUCAAUCGGGUGAGCUUCAUCGGGGCGUACGAGAUCCGGGACGGUUGCCCGCUUAACCCGUUCGGCCGCACGGGCAUCCGGGGACGCGGUGUACUAGGCCGCUGGGGCCCGAACCAUGCGGCCGAUCCGGUCGUAACGCGCUGGAAGCCGGACGGUCCGGACGGCCGCCCGCUGGUGCACCCGGCCAGUGGCAAGCGCGUGCUGCAGAUGUGCGCCAUCGAGCGGCAGGACUGUGGCGAGUGGGCCAUCCCGGGCGGCAUGGUCGACCCGGGCGAGAAGGUAAGCGCGACGCUGCGGCGCGAGUUUCUCGAGGAAACGAUGGACAACGAUGCGGGCGAGAUGGCGGGCGAGGUGGAGCAGUUCUUUGCCGCCGGGACGGAGAUUUACAAGGGCUACGUGGACGAUCCGCGCAACACGGACUGCGCGUGGAUGGAGACGGUGGCGGUGAACUUUCACGACGGGUCGGGCUCGGUCGUGGGCCGCUUCCCGCUGCACGCCGGCGACGAUGCGGCCCAGGUGCGCUGGAUGGACGUCGGCGAGGGGGUGAAGCUGUACGCCAGCCAUUCGAACAUUGUCAAGCGUGUGGUCGAUAUGCUGGAGGCUCACUGGUGAGGGGCGGCGCGGGCGGGUGAAAAUCGUAACGGAAAAGCGGCAGCAAUGAUUGGCACGCACGGCAAUCGGCACACGGUAGCGUUUUUUUUUUUGUCGUUGUUUCGCGUUGGGAUGGUAGCUGUUUGACCUUCGUGCAGUCAUACAGACAGACAGACAGGACAGGACAGGCUUUCGCACAAACGAUCACGAAAUAAACGCCAUUUUCGGUUUACUCUA